AUGGUCGCUCUCAUCCAACCAAAAAUCGAGCCCUUGCCUACCGGUAUUGACCUAACCGGCAAGACCGCGGUCGUCACUGGCGCCAGCGCAGGUAUGGGUUUGGAAGUGACCAAGCAGCUUCUGCAAUUGCGCGCCUCAACUGUCAUUCUCGCCGUCCGCAACGUCGCCAAAGGCGAGGACUUGGCCAAAUCCCUCCGUCAGGACCGUGGCAUUCAAGCCCAAAACCCCAAAUCAGUCAUCAAGGUGAUGGAGGUCGACAUGGACCGAUACGAUAGCGUGCAGCAGUUCGCAAAGAAACUCCGCGAGGAGACUCCUGUGGUCGAUCUCCUCAUCCUCAAUGCCGGUAUUGGCUUGAUAAAAUUGGAACGCAGCCCAACCGGCCAUGAGCGAACUGCCCAGGUGAACUACUACUCCAACGUACUGCUAAUUGCCGAGCUCUUGCCACAUCUCGAAGCGGGUGCGGAGAAGACCGGUUCCCCUGCACGGAUUACCUGGGUAGGCAGCCGUCGACACUUGUCCUCAAGUCUCGAGAAGAAGUCCUUUAUCGGCGCAAAUGAAGGCGUCCUGGGGUACAUGGAUAAGGAGGAGUCAUUUCUCCCCUUCCAACGCUAUAGUGACACGAAGCUGCUCUGCGUGCUGUUUAUGUACAGUUUGGCGCCGCGCCUAGAUCCUAAGAAGAUUAUUAUUAAUAUGUUGUGUCCGGGAAUGGUGAACACUGCUAUGAGCGAUGUACUCCCGUUUCAUCUGCGCAUACUUAUCAAUGUGGUCAAAGCAAUCGCGGCCCGGUCUGUGGAGACCGGUGGUGCUAUUGUUCUGCACAGUGCCCUCGUUGUGGGUCAAGAAACACAUGGCAAGUUCUUGAUCGAUAAGACCAUCACCGACAAAGGAACGUACAUCAAGUCACCAGAGGGCCAGGAAGUCCAAAAGAAACUGUGGGACGAGACGAUUGUGGAACUACGCAAGUUGACAACGCUUCCUGCCGAACUCCAAUAA